UCCGCGCUCUCCCGCCGGGGGCCCCAUCACUUAGCAGGGACCACCCACCUGCUCCGCGCUGGGGGCUGCCUGCGCAGGACGAGCGAGUGAGCGGGGCCGCAGCCGGCCGGCGGAGGAGGCUCUUGGAGGCAUUUCUGGGAGCCGUGGGGAGGAAGAGCCCGGGAGACGGGAGCGAAGCGGCGGGUGCCGACCCUGGGCAGCGCGGCUCUUGGUGCUCCACCACAGCUGGCUGCCUCGCACACCCACAAGGGGCUCUGAGGAAGGCGCAGGCCUCCCCGUCCCGCGGAUGGUACCGGGUCAGGCUCGCGAUCGCCCUUCUUGGAAGGCCCGCUCUGGCCCCCAGCCUUUGUGUGGUACAAGAGCUGCUACGGGCUCCCCGAGCAGAAGUUCAUAGCAGCCUGAUGCCCUGGGCCGGCAGAUACGCUUGUUGCUAAAGGAGGAAAUGGUGAGGUCUGUUCACUGAUGCCUGAGUAAUGUAUUACUGAAUAUUCAUUAAGAGGUCAUAAGUGAGGAUCCCAAUGAAGACAUGCAAUAACAUCCAGUAAGGUCCAAAAAACAACUUUUUGCUCGUGGGUAAAAAUUAGCAAUUCUGCAAGAGUGAUACUACCAGUAAAGAUGUCAUACUUAAUGAAAGGAGUUAAAUGUUGCAGUCCUGUGAAUCAGAUGCACAAAGUAACAGGAAUUCUGUUAAAGAACAUAGUGUGCAUCAACAAACAACAAUUCAAAAUUUCACGUGCAGCUUCUCAGAUUAGUUCUGAAAAGGCAAACUCUUAUAAUUAUGUCAUUGUUGGAGCUGGAUCAGCAGGGUGUGUAUUAGCCAACAGGUUGACAGAAGACCCUCUCAGUACUGUACUACUUUUGGAAGCAGGCCCUAAAGACACUCUUCUAGGUAGUAAAAGACUGAUGUGGAAGAUUCAUAUGCCUGCCGCAUUAACAUACAACCUCUGUGAUGAGAAAUACAACUGGUAUUACCACACAACGUCACAAAAGCAUCUGGAUAACCGAAUUCUGUACUGGCCCCGUGGGAGGGUAUGGGGUGGCUCCUCUUCUCUCAAUGCAAUGGUAUACAUUCGUGGGCAUGCAGAAGAUUAUAACCGAUGGAGCAGGGAAGGGGCUAUCGGAUGGGACUAUGAGCAUUGCUUGCCUUAUUUUAAGAAGGCACAGACACAUGAACUGGGGCCAGAUCAGUAUAGAGGUGGAAAUGGACCCCUGCAUGUGUCAAGAGGGAAAACAAACCAUCCACUUCAUCAUGCAUUCCUGGAGGCAACCCAGCAAGCUGGGUAUCCCUUCACAGAUGAUAUGAAUGGCUAUCAACAAGAAGGAUUUGGCUGGAUGGACAUGACUGUGCACCAAGGUCAAAGAUGGAGCACAGCUAGUGCUUACCUUCGCCCAGCCAUAUCACGCCCAAAUCUGUCAGUUGCAGAGAAGACACUUGUAACAAAAAUCUUGUUUCAAGGAACAAAAUCCAUUGGUGUUGAGUAUGUGAAAAAUGGGCAAAGGAAAAAGGCUUUUGCCAGUAAAGAAGUUAUUUUAAGUGGAGGUGCCAUAAAUUCUCCACAGCUGCUUAUGCUGUCUGGGAUUGGCAAUGCAGAUGAUCUAAAAAAACUGGGGAUCCCUGUUGUUUGCCACCUUCCCGGAGUAGGCCAGAACCUUCAAGAUCAUUUAGAAGUGUACAUCCAGCAAAAGUGCACCAAACCUAUUACACUAUACAAUGCACAAAAGCCGGUUAACAUGGUGAAAAUUGGUCUAGAAUGGCUUUGGAAGUUUACAGGUGAGGGAGCAACUGCCCACUUAGAAUCUGGUGGGUUUAUCCGAAGUGAAGCAGGGGUUCCUCACCCUGACAUUCAGUUCCACUUUCUCCCUUCUCAGGUGAUUGAUCACGGUCGGGUUGCUUCCACAAUGGAAGCUUACCAGGUCCAUGUGGGACCCAUGAGGAGCACGAGUGUGGGCUGGCUAAAGCUGAGGAGUACUGACCCAAAUGACCAUCCCAUCAUUGAGCCUAACUACAUGUCAACAGAAAGAGACAUUUGGGAAUUCCGCCAAUGUGUCAAGUUGACCAGAGAGAUCUUUGCUCAGAAAGCUUUUGAAAAGUUUCAGGGCCCUGAAAUUCAACCAGGAAGCCAUGUUCAGUCUGACAAAGAAAUAGAUGCUUUCAUAAGGCAGAAGGCAGAGAGUGCUUAUCAUCCUUCCUGCACCUGUAAAAUGGGUCACCUUUCAGACAGCACUGCUGUAGUCGAUCCCCAAACAAAAGUAAUUGGUGUUGAAAACUUAAGAGUAGUAGAUGCUUCAAUAAUGCCUAGUGUUGUAACUGGUAAUUUGAAUGCUCCAACUAUUAUGAUAGCAGAGAAAGCUGCAGAUAUAAUUAAGGGCCUCCCAUCACUUCGGGAGAAAAAUGUUCCUGUAUAUAAGCCCAGGACCUUGGAAACACAGAGAUAAAAAAAGUGUUCUCACCCCCUAGAUCUUUUGCCACUUAAAAACUUUCACCAGCAUGUUGGUGUUUCAUACUGAACAUGCCAACAAA